UAUUACCCUUUUAAUCAUCAUCAACCAACCCCAACCCACACCAUUCUCUCUCUCCAAAAGACUCUAAACCUCCAUUUUUUUAGCAGUUUCUUCGCUCUUCCCCCUGAGUCUCUCAUCAUUUUCUCAUUUUAAUUUCAUAAAUUGCUAACAAAUUAAUAUCCAUCAUCUAAUUAUCAUCGUUUGUAGUUUUUUUUUUUGUUUGAAUAUACCAAAUUAAAACCCCAUUAUUCUCUGUCUUUCUUUUCUUCCCUCUUUGACGCUGAGUAGUUGUCUCCGUGAGUUGUGGGAGUCGUGAGUUGUUGCCUCUGUUAACCACUGUUGUGGUGGUGGUGGUUGUUGCUCUGCGUGGUGGCGCUGCUUGAUGGAGUUGUCUAAGGUUGAAGAUGAUGGGUAGAAUAGUAACUAGAUACAAGAAGAAUUAAUCCCCAUUCUUUAUACCUGCCCCCAGUUACAAGAUUCAAGGGAUAAGAAGCCAUUUAAUCCCUAUCCCAUCCCACUAAAAAAUUCAAUUCCUUGUAAACAAACAUGGGACAAAAGUGAGGAGAGAUAAUAAAUCCUUGACCCUACCUUCUAUUCCUUCUACCAAACUAGAAUUUGUUAUAUAUAUCCAGGUGUACCGUACACUCAACUAAUGUAACUUUAGUUUUUACUCUUCAUUUGAUCAUAAAAUGAUAAACAAUCAUCAAAUUAGAACAAAUACUCAUAGAUGUUGGUACACUCGGGCGUAUAUAACAACCUCUCCUACCAAACAGCCGGAUAUUUUCUCAUAUUCAAUAGCCAAUUAUUGCUUUUAUUUACUAUUCGACCAGAUUAACAAACUUUGUUGAUAAAAAAAAUCAAUUUGUAUUUCCUCUCAUAAAAUUCUUUCCUUACCAUUAGGCCAAUAAUAUACAAUACAAUGUUUCCGUGGUUCCUAUUGCCUAAUUACCUAAAGGUCCUAAACCUAAACCAGUACCUUUUUUCGCUAACAUAAACGUUAAAGCCAAAAUUUCCAUUUUUAAACAGUUCACAAAUUGCAUUAGGGUUAGGGUUUUCCGCAAAUUUCUAAAAUUGAAUUUGGAUGACUGAUUACAAUAAUCUAUCGGAAAGUAUGAGUAGUGAUCAUGCAAAGUCUUCACCUCGAAGAGGUUCUGAUGAUCGAAGCUCUCGUGUUAAGCAUAAGUCGCGGGAGUUAGACCAUGAGAUGCCGAGGACAAGAGAUCGGGAUCAUCACCGAGAACGGGAUAGAAGAAGUGAUCGUGAUGAUCAUCGUAGGGAUUAUAGAGAUAGAAGUAGCAGGGAUGAAAGAAGAAGAGAUUAUGGAGGUCGUGAGUCUCGUGACUAUGACAGGUCAUAUGAUAGAGAAAAGAGGCAUAGAGGUAGAUCACGUUCUCGCUCACCAUCUCAUUCAAAGAGCAAGCGUACAAGUGGCUUUGACAUGGCACCACCUACAAGCAACUUAACGUCCGGUGCUCCAGGACAAGGGUUUCAAGAUCAACUACCUGGUAUGCCUCAGCCAAUGUCAGGGUUAUCACAGAGUAUGUUUACUGGAGGGUCAGCUCAGUUGGGAUCUCUCCCUUUGAUGCCAGCACAAUUUAUGACUCAACAGGCUACCAGGCAUGCUCGCCGAGUCUAUGUUGGUGGACUUCCUCCUUCAGCUAAUGAGCAGACAAUUGCAACCUUCUUCAGCCAGGUUAUGACUGCAAUUGGUGGAAAUGCUGCUGGUCCUGGAGAUGCAGUUGUCAAUGUGUAUAUCAAUCAUGAAAAAAAGUUUGCUUUUGUAGAAAUGAGAUCUGUUGAAGAAGCCUCCAAUGCAAUGGCAUUGGAUGGCAUUUCAUUUGAGGGGGUUUCUGUGAGAGUGAAGAGACCCACCGAUUAUAAUCCAGCAUUAGCUGCAGCCCUUGGUCCAAGCUUACCAAGUCCCCAUUUAAAUCUGGCUGCUGUUGGCCUUGUGCCAGGUGCUGUAGCUGGGACAGAAGGACCUGACCGUAUCUUUGUUGGUGGAAUACCUUACUAUUUUAAUGAAGAUCAGAUGCGAGAGUUGUUGCAAUCAUUUGGACCUCUGAAAGCAUUUGACCUUGUGAAGGAUAGAGACACAGGAAAUUCCAAAGGCUAUGGGUUUUGUGUUUAUCAGGAUUCGGCUGUGACUGAUAUUGCCUGUGAUGCCCUUAAUGGCUUGAAAAUGGGUGAUAAAACCUUAACUGUAAGAAGGGCUGCUGUCAGCACUGGGCAGGCAAAAUUAGAGCAUGAAAAUCUCUUGGCGCAUGCGCACCAGCAUGUAGCCAUGCAGAAAAUGGUUAUAGAAGCUAGUGGUUUCAAUCUUCUUGGAGGCACAUUACCAACUUCGGCAACCACAGAAAAUCCUACCAAAAUCCUUUGCUUGAAUCAGGUGGUAACUAUUGAUGAACUUAGAGAUGAUAAUGAGUAUGAUGAAAUAUUGGAAGAUAUGAGAGAUGAAUGUGCUAAAUUUGGAGGCCUGACAAAUAUUAUUAUUCCUCGACCUGAUAUGGAGGGGAAACUGAUUCCUGGUGUUGGGAAGGUGUUCUUGGAGUAUGCUGAUACUGUUGCCUGUUCAAAUGCAAAGAACAUGCUUGGUGGACGAAAAUUUGGUGGUAACACUGUCACUGCUGAUUACUACCCCGAAGACAAAUUCUACAGUGCUGAUUACAGCGGGUGAAAGGUUUUGGUGAUGGCAUGUAAAAUAGAUGUAUAGGUGCAUUACUUCUAUUUUCAUUUUCACCUUUAAGGCUUUCAACGGCAUAUGUUCCCGCUCUUAGUAGUCCAUGAUCGACACUUGUACUACAUAUAUAUCAGCUACAUGACCUGCUUAUUGCAGAAUGCAGUUUUUAUUCCUGUUAGUGUAGUAUCUUGUAUGAUAUCUUAAAAGGAAAUCUUCCUUGUUACUUAUUGUAUUGUGUCAAAAGGGUGUUACACUAAUAUUUGUAUGUUUUCUGGAACUGUAUGUGCUCGAGUAUAGACAACGUAACAUAAAUUUUGGCUUACUGUGAACUUAAUAGAGGUAUGUGUAUUGUUCUC